AUCUUUGCAACACUUUAUUGGUUAUUACUAAAUCAUGGUGAACAUCUUAUGUAUUCUAUUAAUUUAUCAUCAUCAUCAUUAUCAUCAUCAACAUUAUCACCACAAGCAAGUAUUUCUUCACCUAAAUUAUCGAAUUCACGUCAUACAUAUAAAAAAUCUUCUACAUUCUUUGUUAACAAUAGUGAUGAUAGUAAUAAUUCAUCUUUAUUGUUAUUGUUUAAACAUGGUUCACGUGUUGCUCGACAAGUGAUUAAUGGUUUAACUGAUUUAUUAAGAAAUCAUGCUGCUGAUCUACCAGAUCCAACUACUGAUUGGAAACUUAUUUUUGGUUUAUUAGAGAUAUGCGGAGCUGGUCGAAGAGCUAAUAUGCUUUUAACGGGUAAAACAGUAGCGAAAUGUAAUAGUGAAGAGAAGUUCUCAUAUUCUAGUUCAGAUAUUCCUCGAAAAAUGAGUGUAAAUCAUCCUUCGAAUCCGUAUAAAUCUAGUCGUGGUUAUACAAGCGAUAGUGAAACACAUCAUACUGUUCAUGAGGUUUCAGCAGUGGCAAGUAAAUCAUCUUUACACUUAUCCAGUUCGAAGAUGUCUGUAUCCGGAAAUGAUGGUGAACAAAUUCAGAAAAACUCAUCAUCAGAAGUGAUCGAAAAUGACACAACAGACGUUUCAGAGUCAUAUGAAGUAAUCCAUAAGCUUCCUACUAAAAUGGCACAAACAACAUGGGAGAAAUCAUCUCUUCUUAUAUCUCCUUUGGUUUUAAGUUAUGAAGUGGUGAUUGGUUCACGUGAUCCAGUAACUUUAGAACUAGCUGUUGACUGUUUAUCAUUUUUAAUUCGUGAUCCAGCCCACAUUACACCAGAUAACUUUGAGUGUGCUGUUGAAGCAUUACGUGUUUUUGUUGAAGCCUGUAUUAAUUUACCUCCAAGGAACGCAAAUAAUCGAGUUUUAUCUUCAUAUAAUAAUAAUAUUAAAACGGAAUCAGGACAUCAUCGUCGUUCUGAUCAUCCAAAGUUUCCAACGAAUCGUCCCAAUUAUGUCUUAUCUGAUUCAGAUUCGGAUACUGAACAACAUCUUGAGCAUGGAAAAUUGAAGACAUUUGAAAAAGGAGUGGUAUUUAGUGAAACUGUACUUAGUCCUAUUACUAGUGUCAUUGCUGUACAGAUUCUAGAUUUAAUUAAUAUAUUAUUUACACGUGCCACAUCAAUCUAUAGAGAAUGGACAAGAAUUAAUUCUGGUCAAUUAAAUUCAUCUAUUAUGAUAAAUGAUGAAUUAACAAAUAAUCAACAAGAUAAUAAUGAAUUAUUAAAUAUAAAUAUUAAUUUAGAUCAUUUAUGGAAUAUAUGUUGGCGUCCAUUAUUACAAUCUACAGCUAGAUUAUGUUCUGAUAUACGUCGUGAUGUUAGAACAGAUGCAUUAACUUAUUUACAAAAAGCAUUAUUAUCACCAACUUUACAUUUAUUAAAUGGGAAACAAUGGGAGAAUUGUUUUAAUGAAGUUUUAUUCCCUUUAUUAUCUGGUUUCUUAGAAAGUAUUACACUUGACGAAGUGUUUACAACGAAUUCAAGAAAUUUACAUGAUAUUAAUCAUAAUUAUAAUACUGGUUAUGCUCAUCAUUUACAUGCUGUUGAAUUUGCUGAUCCACGUAUGCGAGCUAUUCCAUUAUUAACUAAAGUUUAUUUACAACAUCUUCGUCCAUUAUAUGAAUUAGAUACAUUUAAUACAUUAUGGAUACGUAUGCUUGCUUAUAUGGAACAAUAUAUGUUGGCUAGUAGUAAUUCAGAUUCAUUGAUUGAUGCUGUACGUGAAUCAUUAAAGAAUGUGUUAUUAGUUAUGUGCACUGGAACACAUGAUCUUAAUCCAAUUUUAAUUAAAGAUUCUAAUCCAAAUUCAAAUUCAGCUAUUCUAUGGGAAUUAACUGAAAAACAUUUAUCUAGUUUUCUUCCUGAAUUAUUAGAACAAUUAUUUCCAAAUGAUCCACCAGUUAUAACUGAACCUGAUAAUGAACUCAAUCAUGAAUUGUCAUUGAAUGAUGAUAAUGUAAAUACAGUUAAUGAAGGUAAGUGCUUUUAGUGAAAAUAUACAUAGUUCAAAAGGACUUUUGUCCCAGGGUACUACUAGAGAAUAAAAUAUAUAUGUGUUUAUAAUAACAUAUUUUUAUAUUGUCAAAUAUUUUCUUUAAUGUAGAAGACUAUUGUUGUUGCACAAUGUUGGAUGCUGAUUUAGUGAUCGGAAGGUAAGACCUGAAGGUCAUUGGUUUGAUUCCCGGUAGGGUGUCGUGAAUACUCACUACUGAUUAGCCUUAUAUUUAAACAAAACUGCUCUCCAGUGUUUCCUACUUUUCGAUGGUUGUCUGAGUUGCAUCGGCACGUGAUCUCAAAGAAAUAGUGUUUUGCCUUGAAAAGGAAUUCGAGGAAAACACUAAUAUGUUUCUAUUUAUUUAAACACAUAAACAUUGGUACAAAGAGGAAACAAAUAGAUAUGCGCCACAUAAAUCAUAUGAUUAGUGUGAGGGGUGAGAUACUGCCCGGAUACCCAAACCAAAGCAAGUGGUUUUCUUAGGGAGCCACACUCAGUUUAACUCACAAGACAGUGGAGCAACGUCAGGAGAUGCAGUCCCAUGCUGGCCGGUCACCAAAGGUUGGUUCAUACGCCGUUUGUUCCUUCAGCAUCCUGGAAUCCAUGUAGACCAUUUAUUUGUAAUGACGGUUCCCCAACUCUCCUGUGUGGACCCAUCGUGUCCACCGAUCCGGUUAAAACACCGAACAUUCACUUUUCGUUCUUCCAAUUGCGUAAACGACAGUAAUACCACGGGAAGGCAGCGAGUAGGUCUUCCGUGGCACUGGUUGGCCAUGUGAGAGGAUUUCAAGAGGGAGAGCUGACUCUUCCUACUUUCGAUCGUACCAUGGCAUUUGGAGGCAAUCUGUUUCUAGGAUUUAAAUAAAGAUUGUUUAACUUAUGAUCAUUAAAUACAUAUAUUUAUUGUAUCUCGUUCAUAUUCCCAGUUAUCCAAUCACAAUAGUACCUUAACUUUAUUACAUAUUUCUUAAUUUUUUAAUAGUUUUAUAUGCACAAACAUCAG